AACUGUAGUCAACAAAAAACGUAGGGUUAUUGGUUAGGACUCCAUGAUAAGUGGCACGUACUCAGUAUUAUUUAAAAUAAAGUUUUCUCAUUGAGUAUCGAUAUUUCCUUGAUUUUAAAAUCGUACAUUACUGUGGUUUUAAUGAUUACCACAGAUAACAAACAGCUGAAUUCCUGAGUUGACAAUUUGAGUUUGACAUAUUAAAAUUCAGCGAAGAAAGAAGAAAGCAUAAUGUCUGUUUUCAUUAAAUAAAAACAUUCAUUAAAAAUCUAGAUGAUUUCUGAUUACAAUCAAUAUCUUCAUCAAAUACAGAUAUAAUUUGUUACAAUCAUAUUGGGUGUAAUAUAAAAAAGAAGGAUGGAUUCGUGCAUGGGUGUAGAACAGGAUUUAGACAAAGCCACAUCAAAAUUUAAUACUUUAAAUGAGCAUACUAAUAAGGUAUUAGAAGACAUCAUCAGCCAAGUUGAAGAUUUAAAAAACGAAAUAUCUAAACAGCCUCCAGACAGUCCCCUGACGCAAGCACAGACAAAGAUCCUAAGUGAUUUGGCAGCUAAUGUGAAACAAACUGUAUUUCAGAUGUCAACAGAACACCGUGAAUUGCAUGCAACAGUUUCUCGUGUGGGCAAGUCAAUUGACCGACACUUUAUUGUGGACUAUGCCUCCGUUGCUCCGAAAGCGGAGUCAUUCUCCUCUGAAACAAACAAGCCCAUAAUGGAGCAAGCAAUCGCUCAGCAUUUGUAUAGACAGGUAAGAUUUAUAAAUGUACAUUCUAUAUGCAGAAUGAAAGAAAUCAUAAAUAAUGUUAUAAAAAUGUUGCAUAAAUUGUAAUCUCCAAAUAAGUGU